UCUCUUUGCUUCUUCCUUGCCCAGAAUCGAAUUUUGAGAUCUCCUCCGAUCAGUUUUGAUCUCCGACACUCUCUCGCUGGUUCAACCCAUCUUCUUCGUCGAUUUGGUUCUCUUCUUCAACCUUGUAUCUUUGUUUCUUCAAUUCUCUUAUCCAAAGAGAUCCGAUUUCGUUCUCUCUCUUUCUCCAGUGUUCUUCUCUCUCGCUCAACCAAUUUUUGUGUUUUAAUAAUAAUUUGCAGUUGAGACAUGGAUGAGGUUGUUGUUGAAGUGGAGAAGACGAAGAGAGAAUGGGAUGAUGCUUAUGAGAAGACGAUUGAACAUAUCAUGGCGAUUCAAGAGUAUGGCAAACCAAGGCGAGGAGGAGAAGGAGGAGAGGAGAAGAGGUCGCUACAGAGACUCAACGGAUUGGCUCAGGAUGGUCUCUCUCUUCUCAAUUCCUUGCAGUUCAACUUGGAUCUUCUCGCGCCUCAGCUUCCUUCUGAUGAUCAGGUUCAGUCCACUCUGUCACUGCUUGAAACCUGGAAGAAUCAAUAUCACAGUUUGAGGGUAAAUCUGAGAAGUGCUAAUUUGCAAGCUAAGGAUAACAUGAGGAAAGCAGCUCAAGAAGAGAGAGAGCUUCUCCUCGGUGGUGGAACAGAGUCAACUGUUCUCAGACGUAAACGACAAGCAAAUGCUGGCGUGACGUCGAAUGCUGAAAGCAUAACUGAAAGUCUCAGGCGUACAAGGCAGCUAAUGGUUCAGGAGGUUGAAAGAAGUACAAACACUCUCGUGACUUUUGAUGAAUCAACUGGAGUACUUAAACAAGCCGAGAGUGAAUACAAAGGGCAUAGGUCUCUGUUGUCGAGGACCCGAAAUCUGCUUUCGACAAUGCAGCGUCAAGAUGUAAUUGACAGGAUAAUCCUCAUAGUUGGAUUUUCUCUCUUUGUCCUUGCUGUUGCUUACGUUGUUUCAAAACGUAUCGGGAUUCUGAAACUGCAACGAAUGGCUACUGCUGCUAUUAAAUCUCAAUUAGCUGGAAAAGCAGCAAAUGGUGUAGGAGAUGUUGUCAUGCCUCCACAACAACGCAUGCACGAUGAACUCUGAAUCUUAGAUUUUUGUAACAAUGUUCAUGAAUCUAUCUAUACUUUACUUUAGAAUUACAUUUUCUGCAGAGUAAUAUUUGUUUUGUUAGAAGCUCAUUAAAGGUAAAUAUGGAAUUAAAAAAUAGUUUUGUUUAUGUA